AUGCCGUACGUCACCAAAGGUGUUACCACCACCGAGACCACAAGCAACGACCCAACCGCAUUCUGGAACGUGAAUCUGCCAGUCGACCAAAAAACCGCAGAAUGCCCAGGCUACCUUCAAUAUGCAUUCGGAGACGAGAAAGAACGUGCCGUACUAAGUACACCGGACCACCUUUUCCACCGGUUGACAUGGCCAGAAGUGCAGCAAGUCAUCCGAGAUAACCGCCUUGAUCUUUUCCUGCGGCUCGGCAGCCAACUCCAUCUAUACCGCAAAUACUGCGUCGAGCUAGUCCAGCAAUACGGCAGCGUGAUGAAUUUCGCAAUGCAAGAACGGCUACAGUGGACCGACCUGAACCCCAAAGCUGCACCUUUCGAAAAUCCAUCUGACUACAGGAUCCUGUACAACGACUGGCCUUAUGGCGUGGACCACCGUAUCGUGCACCUGGUUGUCUGGACGAAGUAUGUCUUUCCGUCUGAUCCUAGCACGACGGAUCUCACGCCACAGGCGAGAAGACAGAUCAACGAUUUCGUGGACGAAGUGUUCGUCAGCAAUUGUGGGAGGGAGGAUGUGAUAUGGUUCCGCAACUGGGCGGCGCUGAAGAGUAUUCACGCUGUCGAGCACUUCCAUGUCAUGCUCUAUGAUCCCGAUCCCGAGUUCGUGAGGGGUGUCACGGGUGGGGAUGUGGCCUUGGCGGAGAAGGUCAAGGCUGAUGAUGGCGCCGACGGGUUGCGCAGUCUCGAAUCGCGGAGGCAUUGA